GUUUCGGGCUUUCACAAUUAUUGCCACGACGAUGAGCAAGUCCAAGGAAAUGCACGGCCUCGACGAUGUCCACCAGCAGGCGGAGCUGCUCGUCCUGGACUACCUCCGCGGGUCGCGCUGCAUGAAGACGAUGGACGCGCUCUCAAAAUGGAUCUCAGACAAGAAGAAACAUCGAAGCUCGUCAGCAUUGAUGUCUCCGACGGCCAGCGAUAUAUUUGCCAAGGACGUGGCCGCGAACAAAGCGACCAAGGAAAAGGCAAACUCCGUCUUGGAGUACAUGAUUGGCAAGCGCAAGUCUGGCAGCAAAUCCCCCAAAGUCAGCUGCUCCCCGGAAGCAUUCACCGAUGGAAAGGUGGACGAAACUACGAUGGCGUCAACGACCAAGGGGGCUAGCAAGGAGUGGACCAAGGACGAUUUGUCCAAGCUGAAGAAGGAGGCCAAGAAAACCCAAACCAUUGCCGACAAGACAGAGCGGUGGAAGAGUGUCGGGGCCACGCUCGGUCGAAGCAAGCGCGACUGCUACGAAAAGUACAAAGAGCUCAAGAAAAAGCCAUCAUCGUCCUCGUCCAAACCGUCCAAGAAAGCUGUGACUGUGGACGUUCGAUCGAUGCUCGACUUGAACGCUAUCGACGUCGCAGGCGCAGGAACAGACGGACGUGCAAGCGACGACGUCGAGCCAAGUGGGGCGACUGCUGUCCCUACAAACCCCAACGAACAAGACAUGGGAAUGUCGUCAUCUCCGACCAUUCACGCUGUAAAUGUCCACUACGCGAAGGACAAAACAGGGCCGAAAUCGACGGGCAAGAACAAGAUUGUUGACGCUGCCAACAUGGUCGACGACCACCCGUCCGAGAUGUGGUGCGGGGAGGUCGCGCUCAGCAAACCCAAGGCGCGGGGCUCGUCCGUCGCGCCUGGCGACGUUCGGGCGUCUCGGGACUACGACGACGUGGCGGUGAUGGAAGACUGCGACAACUUGGACGAACAGGACCAUGCCCAGGCCGACUCGGCACCGCCUUCCCGAUCGUCGUCAUCCUUUCCGUCGAGAGUAUCACUCUCCAACAGCGUCAUCGACUCGAAGCAAGGCCGAGCGUUGCCGGCGGCGGAAGUGACUUCGUUGCGGAAACUCUUGUUCAACGACUCCAAGAAGAAGCUGGGUCCGCAUUGGACCCACCAAGGUUUUGAUUUCGCCCAAGUGGAAGGGCUCAAGUACGGCAUCGUGCAGCAUGAAGGGGGGCCGUGUGGUGUUAUGGCCGUCGUGCAAGCCUAUGUGCUGCACUUUCUCUUCCAAGAAGAUAUCUCCACGUGGGAUUCUGUCGAGACACCUCUCGUCACCAAGGCAUUGGCACGGGCGCUGGCCCACAUUAUUUGGCAGGCUGGCUCUGGAUCGACGUGCAAAGUCGCGCUAAUCGGUGGUGCCACGCCCUCGUUGGAGCACAUGGCGGUGUCCCAACUAAACUCGCGCCACGACCUCGACCAGUUCAUCGCGCGUCACAUCGAUCAGUUUCGGGAAUCGAAAGGGUACGGCGUCGUGCUUGUGGUGGCGUCGGUCAUGCUCACGCGGGGACUCGCGACCGUUGAAGCCGACAUGGACACGGCCACUGGAACCGUGCCGACUCUGAUUGGCGCACACGACUACUGCACCCAGGAGAUGGUCAACUUGCUCUUGCUCGGGUACGCGUGCAGCAACGUUUUUGACGGAACCAAAGACUUGGGCGGCGGAGACGAUGCCACAUCAUCGUCCAUGGUACUUCGGGGCGUGCAAAAGCGGAGUGCUGUGGGGUUCCUCACACUAUUUGAAGCGUACGACUACAUGGUCGUGGGCGACCACUUGAAGGUCCCCGUCGACAACAUCUGGGUCGUGUGCAGCGAGUCGCACUAUUCGGUGAUGUUUGCCGACCCGGCGAUCGCCCCCUCGACCUCGUUGGCGGCAUUUGAUUUGUUCUACUUUGACGGGCUGGCCAACCAAGACGAAGUGAUUCGUCUGACGAUCUCACCCAUGGGACUGGCCACAAAGCCGGACAAGGCAGCGCAAAAUAGAGGCGACCUCAUCCCCCCCCUCAACCUCGUCAUCCAAACCAAGUGGCCACAGGCGACGGUGGAUUGGCACAGUGUGGAGCCCCUGCUUUGAUUGUCCUUGCCGUAGGAUAAGAGGUGGCAGGGUUAGCUGACGUCAACUGCUACUGUUUGCCUCUUAACUGAGCAAGCAUUCAACGUCAUACACCGUAGUAACGUGAUCGCCUGUUAAGUUACGGUCUUGAAUGUACUAGGUCACUCUCAAUGCAAUGUCGUAGUUCUAAC